AUGGCAAUGGGUGUGUCUCAAAAAUGGGUUUGUGUGAUUCUUCUUCUCUUGAGCAUUGUCUUCCACUUGAGUGCCCUUACUCUUGGAGAUGACAAGGUUGAGAAAGAGAGGUUUGGCGAAGGUGGGAGCUUCGGUGGUCGUGGUGGCCGUUUUGGAGGUGGUAGGGGUGCUGGUGGAGGUUUUGGUAGAGGUGGAGGAGCUGGAGGAGGCAUUGGGGGAGGAGCUGGAGGUGGUGUAGGAGGAGGAGGAGGGUUUGGAGGUGGCGGCGGCGGCGGUGUUGGUGGUGGGUCUGGACAUGGUAGUGGGUUUGGAGCUGGAGGAGGUUUAGGUGGAGGUGCAGGAGAAGGUGUGGGUGGAGGUGGUGGCUUUGGUGGUGGUGAAGGUGGAGGUGGCGGUGGCGGUGUUGGUGGUGGAUCUGGCCACGGUAGCGGAUUUGGAGCUGGGGGAGGUCUAGGUGGUGGUGCAGGAGGGGGAGUGGGUGGAGGUGGUGGCUUUGGUGGUGGUGGAGGUGGCGGUGGCGGUGGCGGUGUUGGUGGUGGAUCUGGCCAUGGUAGCGGGUUUGGAGUUGGAGGAUGUGGUGUUGGUGGUGGUGGUGGUGGUGGAGGAGCUGGUGGUGGUGCUGGAGGAGGAUCAGGCCAAGGUGGUGGAUUCGGCGCUGGUGUAGGCUUAGGAGGUGGAGCUGGUGGAGGUGUUGGUGGUGGAGGAGGAUUUGGAGGAGGAGGUGGUGGUGGUGUAGGUGGUGGAUCAGGGCAUGGUGGUGGGUUUGGUGCAGGAGGAGGCGUUGGUGGCGGUGAAAGACGUUAA